AUGUACCAGGAUCCAGGGUGCAUAGCCCUGGAGGGAGGGACAGAGCAGUGUGGACUUCCCAGUGUCCAAAGCACUGCUGAGUUCUUAUGCUAUGCCGACUCUUUGACACGGACAGUGAGUACAGAGGUGGACCUGGAGGGCAGGUCUGGGCUGAGCGUUGAGGAGGGUAUUACCCUACGAAGACACCUUACCUUUGCCCAAAUCGGAGGGUUGUCCUCAGCCGAUUGGCUCUAUGCUUCUCAGGUUCCUCUUUCAGCUGCAGCCAGGGUUCCUUCCAGAGCAUUGUACCUUCUGGAGCCCAGGGCGCUGCCUUCUUUCCUAAACUGCUGUGGAAACUGUCCUGAUAUCUCAACUCACAGGCUCUCUGAAUCCUGUUCACAAACCCACCGCCCUCGCUCCCUGACGCCAGAGCCGCCUGCAGCUGGUCAGGCUCAGCCCAAGGACAGGGGAGAGGCCGCGGCCCGCACCACAGCAGACAUCAAGCAGAACACCCGCAAAGCCACCACCUGGGAGGCCCCCAGGAAGCCCCUGGCCACCAAAGCUGCCGGCAAGAGGGCGCCGCCUACAGGAGGGAUCAGGAAGCCCCACGGCUACAGGCCUGGCACCCUGGCGCUCUGCAAAAUCAGAAAGUACCAGAAGUCCACUCAGCUGCUCCUGCGCAAGCUGCACAUCCAGCACCUGGUGCGCAAGAUCACCCAGGCCAUCAGCCCGGACCUGCGCUUCCAGAGCGCAGCCACUAGCGCCCUGCAGGAGCCCAGCGAGGCCUACCUGGUGCGCCUCUUUGAAGACACCAACCUGUGUGCCAUCCAUGCCAGGCACGUGACAUUUACGCCCAGCGACAUGCAGCUGGCCCGCCACCUCCGCGGAGCGGCCAUGGCGAUGGCCACGUUCUCAGGCACCGAUCUGCCAGUGAUAGACUGCAUCAGACCUGCAAUGCGUGCUUUUGGGAAAGCUGACCAGCGACUUCGUAGCGGGCCAGCUGCUCUUCAGACAUGGCAGACAGCAGGGUUGCCAUCCUCUGAGCCUCAUCUGCAUCCACGUCGGAGUAUGAAGGUAGCAGCCAUGACCUCGGUUCAGCAGUUCAGUGAAGUCAGGACUGGCUUCACUGGGCCUCAUGGACCCCGCACUAUGGCGCGCACCAAGCCCACCUCCCGCAAAGCCACCGUCUGCCCCCCAAGGAAGACCCUGGCCACCAAAGCCGCCGGCAAGAGGGCGCCGCUCACCGGAGCGAUCAAGAAGCCUCAGCGCUACAGGCCUGGCACCCUGGCGCUGCUCAAAAUCAUAAAGUACCAGCAGAAGUCCACGCAGCUGCUCCUGCGCAAGCUGCCCUUCCAGUUCCUGGUGCGCAAGAUCGUCCAGGACAUCAGCCCGGACCUGCGCUUCCAGAUCGCUGCCAUUGGUGCUCUCAGGGUACCAGGGGCCUACCUGGUGCGCCUCUUUGAAGACGCCAACCCAUGUGCCAUCCAUGCCAGGCGUGUCACAGUCACGCCCAGAGACACGCAGCUGGCCCACCGCCUCCGCGGAGAGCCUAUACUCCUGGCAAACACUGCACUUUAG